UGAGUUCAGCUACUUACGGCGCUGGUGGAGUUUUUAUAUCAAUUCACACGCUGGAAGUGUUGAGAAGAGUUUGUUCUCCCGUUUUCAAGUGAAAAAUCUUCUGAAAUAGUGCGUGAUUGUGCAGCAACGGAGAGUGAGGAUGCCUCUUGAGAACCUACAGCAGUAUUUGGACGUCGUCAUCAACACGGGAAAUGUGUUGAGUGUGAACAAGAAGGCCGGUCAGAAGACAUCGGAAGAGUUGGUGGACUGCCUGAAAGCCACACUUGAUGCUGCUUCAAUUGAUGUGGCUAAAGCAGGAAUUACUUCCGUCAAAGUCACACGAUCCAGCGAUGAUUUGAAGGAGAAGGUGACAGAGCACGAGAGGGCAAAUGUGAAGAUUGGAGCCAAAUUGUUCCUCAACACCAGUUCGACGGGAAAUCUCAAGAGUGCCAUUGAGACACUCUUUGAGGUGUUGGGUGUAGAGUGCCUGGACAAUCUCAUACUGGCUUACCAUCCUCAGGGUAGGACGACAACGAAUGGGGUGGCAGUGAAUGGAGGAGACAGUGAUGAGACCAAGGAGAGUGUUAUGGAUUGGACAGGAGGACAUUCAGAUGCCAUCCGGGACCUCAAGGCGUUGUGGAAGGAAAUGGAACAGUAUGCAAUUGAAAAGAAGAUUUGUCAAUUAGGCAUUGCAGAUUUGGACGUGAACUCCCUGAAGGAACUCUACAGCACUUCAGAAUUCCAUCCAUCCAUCGCCCAGAUCAACAUUAGUACAUGCUGUGUGGUUCCUCCGCCUCUUCAGGAGUUUUGCCAUCAGAACGAUAUUCAACUAUUGACCCACAGUGAUCCAGAAGAAAUUCUGUCCAAAGAAACUCUCUCUGGUGAACUAGACGUGAAGAAUUUCUCACCAAAAUGGACAAUCAGAUUUCAGGUGCAUGUAAAAUGUCGCGGAGUUUUGGCUGCAAAAGGGUAUGUUGUUGGUGCAAGUAGAGAAUAAUGAGAAUAUAAUUUAGAUUAGAAUUUUUGUGAAUGAACAAAGAAACAAAAAAAAAUGAAACUGAUGUCCGAAAACGAAGAAGUGCCGCAACGAUUUUUUUCUCGCCAAAAUACAAUUUUUGUCUUAAUUUGAAUAACAAUUCUAACGUAGAAUUCUUGCAAUUCACAUCACGUGACUCUUUACUCCAGACGAUGAAUCUGAACUAAUUGAACAUUCCUUUGAAGCAAGAUAACGCGGUUUUGGACCGAAUUCGAUGGAACUUCGAACAAAUGCAUUUUUGUUAUGGUUUUAUUUUUAAAUUUGUGACGAAAGAAAAUUUUUUAUAUGAACUAUAUUGAACUUUUUUUUUAGAUCAAAGAGAUUUUUUUUUUGGUAGAUGAUGUGAGGCUUUAAUAAAAGGAUAUUUAGCAUUGUACCAAGAGAGACACUGUUGUAAAUGUGUGUUUUACACUUUGUAAAAACAAAAAAAAAAAUAUAAUUUGUAGAAAUUAUCUGUAGUGUUAUUACUGAAAGUCUGUUUUAUAUUAUUGUUCAAUGUUGGAAAAUGAUCAAAAGGAGCCCAAGUUGAUUUACAUUUUGCAAUGAGUGUUUCAUACGAUGACUUUUCUAAUAAAUAUUGUAUUUAAUGUUAAGUUGGGGAAAGAGACAGAGAAUCCGAUGGGAAGAAAAUGAUUGUGAAGGUCUCCUUUUUCAAUGGUCAUCAUACGAAAAUAUGAAAGAAGCUAUAUAUGUAUGUUGAAAUAUUUUAUAUAAAUAAAAUUUAUUGCGAAUAAUAAACAAAA